GUUUUUUGAGGCAAAUGGCUGCCGAUGUGUUUGUUAACUUUUGAUUUUGUUUUGUAUAAAAUAUAAUAAUGGAUGACGAAGAACGUAAAAAGAAACUUGAAGCAGGAAAAGAAAGAUUAGCAGCUUUCAGAAAAAGAAAAGCGAAGAAGAAAAAGCGAUCUGUAGGUGAUGUUGCAAGUGGUGGAGACUUGACAGUGAAUGCUGGGGUUGAUGGUAACUCGGCUGACAUUUCUUCAUCAAGCGAUGUUCAAUCACUAACUGAAGACAGUGACCAACUGUCCUUUGAUGAUACUAGUGGAGAUGAGUGGUCUGGCAAGGAGUCUGAGUUACAUUCAGCAGUAUACUACCAGUCCAAGCUGAGCAAUGUGAUUCAACGUGUGGCUGAGUUGGAGGAAAUGGUGGAAGGGAAACAACUAGCACUGGACAAGCUUGUCAGUGAAAACGAAGCACUUAGAUCUCAACAAGCAAGUGCUGAAAAUCAGUUAGAAUCAAAGGAUCAGAUGAUCAACCAGCAUGGUGAUGGCUUGAAAAGUAACCAUGAUUUCCCUGAAAAGGUUCGACUCCGUGAUGUGCAGAUGGCUCUUGGUCAGCGAGAUGCCAUAAUUCAGCAACUCACAGUGCGACUGCGAGCAACGCUGGAGAACUCUGUUCCAGACUGCUAUGCAGAGACACAGAAUUUAGCCAAGCAGGUGGCUGUGCUACAGCAGCAACUCAUGGAGGCUGGAGAGGUUUUGCAGGCUCAGAUGAACCAUCAUAGCCUAUCAUCAAAAGCACUGCAGGAAGCCAAGGCAGAAAUCCUUUCACUGCAGGUAAAGCUACAGAAGAAGGAUGACCUUCUGGCACAUCUCAAACAGAACCUGACCUGGAAGUCUGAGGAAGUCAUCAAUCUUGGUAAUACAUGCAACGAGCUUCAAGCACGGCAAGAAGAUCUCCAAAAAGAACUAUUAACGACAACAGACGACAAAAAUGUAUUGUGCAUGAAAUUACAUGAUCAAGCUGAUGUGGAUAGUUUGAGGACAGAGUUGGAAAAACUAGAGGCUGACUAUGCUAAUGUGGUAACUGAGAUGACAGUGGUUAAAGCAUGUAAUGCAGAAUUGGAAGCGGUCAGUGUUCAGAAGGUUGGUAUGCAUGAACAUUUUGAAGACCUAGAGUCCCAGGUGCUAAAGCUCACUAAUGAAAAUAUGAGACUGUUAUCUGAAGUAACAUCACUGAAGUCUGAUAUUGUUGAUCUGAAAGUGUCAAGUGCAGAAUUUCAAGAGGAAGCUCGACAAAAACAAUCUGAAAAUGACAGAAUGAAAAACAAAAUUAAUGAUCAGCAAGGAGAGAUUGUUGACUUGAGAGCCCAGCUAGAAAUGCUGGAAGAUGAAAAUUUCUUGAUGUCUUCUGAGGUAGUUAAGCAAAUGGUUGAGAGCAAAGAGGCAGCAUUUGCAAGUGAAUUAAAGGCAAAAGUUGAUGAUAUUCUAGCUUUGAAGGAAGAGCACCAAAGAUACAAAGAUACCAUUGCGAAAUUGAAUGCUGAAAUCCAAAUGUUCAAGAAUAUGCACUUGAAAGAGACUGUAGAAGCUGCUGUGUAUACUGAAGAUGUUAGUGUAAUAAAAACUGACUUUUCCACUAUAAUUCAGUUGGACACUAAUGACGGUGCUGAAACUAUAUCGGGUCAAAACUUGUCAGAAGCUAACAGAGUGAUGCGCCAUCUUGAUCCAGAACAAGAUGUCUUGCAGCAUUACAAUCUAAAUACUGACCAAGCAUCUGUUGAUGGUGGUGCUGUUCUAGUAAUGCAAUCCCAGCAUGAUAAAAAUUCCAUUGUUGUGGAAGUAAAUACAAAUGGUGCGCAUGAUAAGCCUACAAAAGGUGCAACACAAGAUGAUCCAAAUGAUGAGAAAACGCUUUCUGAAAAAGUUAAGAUUCUUAUAUCUAAACUUAAGAAGACCAAAGCUGAGCUUAAUGCAAAACAAGAAGCUUUAAAAGAACUUGCUUCUGAGAAUGAUAAUUUGAAGUUACAGCUUGAAAACAUGAGCAGAGUACAAGAAGAGUUGAAUCAGUUACAGUCAAACCAGGAGGAACAGAAUUCACAAUAUAAUGAAGAUAAGAAAAGUCUUCAGAACAUGGUAGACAUUUUAACAGCAAAAAUUGAAGAAUUGCAGUCACAUAAUUCUGAACUGUCUGUGGAACAGACAGACCAAGAAAGUGUUGUACAAACACUGUUGACUGAAAAACAUUCUUUGGAAGAGAGCAUAGCAGCAUUGAAGACAGAUGUUGAAAGAAUGAAUUCAGAAUCACAGUGUUUGACAUUAAAGUUGGAAUCAGACCAUGAUCACCAUGAGAAAGAAUUUAACCAACUGGAAGAAGAAUGUAAAACAUUGAGACAGCAAAAUGAAAACAUCAUGUUAAGUCAAGAAGAAAUGCUAAAACACCACAAAGAACAGCUUAACUCUUCAGCUACAGACAUUGAUACACUGAGACAAGAACUGGCAGAUGCUAAGGCUGGUGUGGAGAUCGUCAUUUCAGAGAAACAUAGAUUGGCUGAAGAAAUCCAGAUUCAGAAAGAGGCCUCUCAGCGUGAGAUUCAGUGUCUUAGAGCAGAGUUGGAGCAAGCUAGACAAGAAAUACAAAGAACAGUGAUGGAGGAACAGCAACAGAAGUCUAGUACAGAAAUAGAAGUAGAAAAUCUGUCUGAGGAACUAACCAAGCUUCAAACCAAAGUGGGCAGUUUAGAAGCUCAGAUUCUGAAUGAACAGAACCUUAAAAACCAGUAUGAAACUGAAAAUUCUAAUUUGUCAAAUGAAGUUGGUAGACUUAAAAUAGAAUUGGAAGAAUCCAGAACAGCCAUUCAAAAUUUAGAAUUAGAUAAAACCAAGUUGGAAGAUGACGUCUCCAAAGCUAAUGCAGAUGUACAAAAGAUUACCUCAGAUUGUGAAAGUAUGAAAAGUAACUUUGAGAGUCAAAAUCUUCAUGUAAUGGAAGAGAUUCAACAGUAUGAAGCAUCUAUAGAACAGAUGAAAACCGAUAUCGAGAACACAAAAAUAACAGAACAAGAACUAAGACAGUCCCUUCAAAUGCAGUAUGAAAAUUCCCAAGAAGAGGUUUCACGACUUCAAAUGGAGGUUAAUCAGGCGAGAGUAAACUUGGAACAACUAGAAGGGAAGAAAAGACAGGAGGCUGAAGCUUCUGAAGCUCGACUAUGUGAGUCUGCUGCAGAAAUAGAGCAACUGAAGAGAGACCUUUCACAGAGUAGAGUUGAACUGGAUAAUUUGCAGGCGAGUUAUACAACAACACAAGAAGAAUAUCAAGAAUUCCAGUCUCGAACACAACAACAAAUAGAUACACUUGAAAAGAGUCUUGAACAUGCUAAUGAAGAAACUGAACAAAUAAUAGGUCUCAAUGAUCAAAAACAAGCUUGUCAUGAAGCCAGUCUUGCUGCAGCACAUGAAGAACUCGAACAACUAAAGACGGAAGCAACUAAAGCAAAGUCUGCAUUUGAAUCACAGCUCUUGUCCAGUACUGAAGAGCUUACAGAAACUCAAAUAAAGCUGGAAAAUUUGGAAAAACGUCUUAAAGACGUGAUGGAUCGAUUAAAGGUAGAAUGCACCACUAGAGUUGAAGUUGAAUUUCAAAGUGAAAACGUUUCUGGUGAGUUACGUAAUCUUCAGAAUAUGCUGGAUGUUAGCAAAGCAGAAGUAAACAGCUUGCAAGGUCGACUUGAUAUGAUGACUGAAAAAGUUCAGAACGAACAGACUGCAAAAGAAGAAAUACAGAAUCAUUGUGAUUCAUUGACUGAAGAACUUGAUCGGACUAUUCAAGACAGAGAUGACUUGCAGCUUUCAGUAGAUAAUCACAUAGAGGUACUUCAGGCAUUAAAGAGAAGACUAUGUGAUGAAUUGGAUGAUAUAAAUAUUAACACACUUGAGGAUGGUUCAAGAGUGGUGGAAGGUAACAUGACCAGGAUGAAGUUAGAGAUGGAGAGGCUUUUGAUCUUGGUGGAUGAUAGAAAUUCAAAUAUUACUGAACUGGAAUUGGCUGCUGCUAAGAAAAAUGAAGAUAUGGAGAUUAUGACGGAAUAUACAAAUACCUUGAAAACAGAACUCACCGAAGUUAAAAUUUGUUUAGAGGAAAAAUUGGAAGAUGUAUCCAGCAAGGAAAUGGAUAUUACUUGUCUUCAAAGUACCAUAGACAUUUUGAAAAAGGAAAAAGAAGUUCUCAAAAACAAUUUUGAUUCAUGCUUGGAGGAAAUGCAAUCAAAAAUAGCUGAACAGGAAGGUGAAAUAAGAAACCUUAUGAGCCAGCUGGUUGAAAAUAUGAAGAACAAUGAUAAUGAUGAGGAUAUCAAGAUGACAUAUGAAACACAUAUAUCAACUUUAGAAGAUAAGCUUGAGAAGGCUGAGGUAGAACUGGAAGAAGUGAGACAGGGGUUCACUUCUGCUCUUGAUGACAAACGUAACUUGCUGACUGCUGCAGAAAAUCAGCUUGCUGAAUUGGAAGAUACUUGUAAUGGUUUGGUGAAUGAAAAUGCUCGUUUGAAAGAACAGAUGGAAAAAAAAUCUGAAAUCUUCCAAAGGGAGAAAUGUGAUUUACAGAAAAUGCAUGAGGCACAAAUUGCUGAAAUGGAUGAUAAUUGUAGGACUUUGGAAGAAAAUAUUAGUAGACUACAAAGUCAGAUGUCUGAGCAGGCAAAGACUUUUGAACAGCAGCAGAAUGAACUAGAGAUGAACUAUGAAAAUCAAUUGGCUGAUAUUGAAGACAGAUGCCGUAUAUUAGACAUGGAAAAUGGAAAAUUGAAACACCACCUGGAGGAAAUGGCAAAAGAUCACAAGCAGGAGAAGGAACAUCUUCACAGUAUGUUUGAGAAUCAGAUAAUUGAACUGGAAGACAGAUGCAGGGAAAAUGAAAAUAAAUCUGGCUUCUGCCAACAGAAAUUAGAAGAGCAGCUCUUUGAUUCUGAGCAGCAGAGGCAGAGACUGGAGCAGCAGGUGCAAGAGUUGAAUGACAGAUGCAGGGAACUAGAGCAGAGCAGGACAUUAGUGCAUGACAGGCUGGCAGAGGCCAUUGAGAGUUCCAAGCAAGAAAAAAGUUUCAUGGAAAGAGAAAUUGCCCAAGAAAAGCAAACAAAUCAAGAAUUGGAGCACCAGCUGUGUCUUAGGCAGAAACAGGAACCAGACCACAUAACUGAAACUCCAUUAGUGGGAAGUGAAGCUGAACUAAGAGACGACCUUACUCCAAAUGGUGCUGAAUGUAAAGUUAUGCAGGAAGAGAUGGAAGAGAGUCAUGAUGCAGCAAUACAGGUGUCACAGAAUAAUUUAAAUAUACCUGAAAAUCAAACACUUUCUGAAGCCAUGUCUGAUGCAGAACAAAUACAUGACUUGGAAGAGAAAAUAAAGUUAUUAAGUAUACAAAAUGGAAGACUCAAAGAAGCCAUUAUGGAAAGUAAGAAGAUUACCCAGUCACAGACUUGUUCACGGCGUUUCAGUUUUCCAACAAAUGACGAUAUAUUUGUUCUUAGAAGUACUGUUUCAAAUCUACAGAUGCAAACUAACCAUUUAUCAGAAGAAAAUGAUGCCAUCCUAACAGAUCUUCAGAAUGAAAGGGAAAGGUUAAAUGCAGCUAUGCGGACAGUUGAAGAAUUAAAAGAAGGCCUAAGAAGUGCUAGAACAGUUUUUGAUGAAAUAAAAGCUGAUCACCAGAAUGAAAUGGAUCAGCAGAAAGCUGAGUCAGAUCGUGAAAUAGAGGAACUUCGCGAGAAGCUUGUUGCAUGGGAAAUGGAAUUAAUUCAAAGAAGACAACUAGUGGAUAGUUCGCCAAGUGAGCAGAUGAUUGGUGGAAUCACUGCCCAGGCAUGUCAGUCUGUUACUGUCCAACUUGCAAGUUCUGAACCAUCAGAAUUGGAACGUGACGGUACAAAUUCAGAGUCAGAGUAUGGGAGUGGCAGUAAAAAAGCAGCAGAAUUGGUCAGAUUGGUUGCCGAUUACGAACAAAAGGUGGGACAUUUGUCUUUGGAGCUAACCCGUUUGCAGUCAGAGUAUCAGACUUCAAAGAAUGUACAUGAAGCUGAAGUGCUUGAUCUAAGAAAGAGACUUGAUGAUCAAGAUGAAGUAGACUUGAUAGGAGUUUCUGCUAGUGCCUUCAAGCGAGAAUGUGAUGCAGUUAGUUUGUCAAAGAUUCAACUUCCAUCUUUGCAAUCACAGACUAAACCACCAAGUAAUCUGUUAGAAAUGUCUGGUGAAUUUCAGCCAGAAUCGGUGGGCUCUUUUGAACCAGAAAUUCUUACUCCUGAAAUUGAUCCUACACAGAAUAGGUUCCAUCUUGAGUCUGAGCUUCAUCAAAUACUUCCUUCCUCUGGAGAUCACAUAUCUUUUAAUAACGAUUUUGAAAUGGACAUGGAGCUGUUAGCGAGUCCUAAACAAUCUGCCACACAGUUUCUCAUAAAUAACCAACCUGUUUAUCAUACUGAUGUGGGUACCCAAGCAAACUUCAGUGUUAAAGAGAAAAUUGAAAGCAAUUCUUUGUCCAUAGGUGUUAGUGAAAGAUUUGAUCCUGAAGGAAACUCGCACCUUUCAACAGAAACAUCAUUAAAGUCAUCAUUGUCACUGACUGUAAAACCAAUUCACUUGCAUGAAAAUGUUAUUCACCCAGAUACCAGUACCCAGACUGAAUCAGCAGAAAUUGGUGCUAAUGAAUGCACACAGCAAGACAUUAAUAAUGCAACCGAGCUUCUACGAAGGCAGUUGACACACGAGAAAGACAUGCUAGAAGAAGACUACAUCAAAAGGUUGAGAAUGCAGGAAGUUGAAAUCACGCAUGCAUGUGAUGCUGAGAAAGAGAAGCUGAAGAAAGAACUGGAGCAACGUCUUCAUAAGAAAAUGUCGGCCAUUACCAUUGAGAAGGAGCAGCAGUUUAUUAAAGCCUUGAGGAAAGUUAGAAAGCAGUUGGAAGCAAGGCAUGAAAAAGAACUUGAACGAAUUCGACGUCAAGCUUCGAAGCAGUCUGCAAACAACUCUCCUGUAGAUGAACAAGAUGAGAUAGUUCUUCAGCUGAAACAGGAAAAUCAGGAACUGGCAGAAGCCCGAGAUGCCUUAUUGAAACAAGUGAACAUGACACAGACACAACAGACUUGGCUGCAAGAUGAACUGGAUACAGUACUCUCUGAACAAGGCUCACAACCUUCUCUUGUUCUGCCAGAUAUGUCGAGAGCAGAUGAUGAUCUACCACCAGGUUCACCCUCAUUUCCUUCAAACAGUGCAGAGUUUCUGGAAGAACUAGAAAAACUUUCCAAAUUAUCUUCAUGUGAUGUGCCUUUGGAAUGGGAACUAUCCAUGUUUUCUGAAGAUGGCGUGUUUGACAAGGAACUUGAUUCCAGUGGACCAUGCACCAAGUAUGAAUGUACUGAGUUGAAACGAAGGUAUGAUCAUCUUGUAGAGUUGUUUAACAAGGUCCAAGGAACUGAAGACGGUGCCUUUGUAGAAGAACCACAAGUGAAUUUGUGUCAAGUAACAGAUGUUGUUAAAAAGUCAUGUAGUAGUAGAAUUUGUAAUGAAGAGAAUGACAGUCUUAAAAGCAGUCCAAGAAGUGGAGAUGAGAUUUCCAAUAUAAAUGUUGCCUCAAUGCAAGACCCGCUAGGAACAACUGACAAUGACUUUAUGGACGGUGAUUUUAGGCAGCGGAUUAUUCAGCUCGAAACUGACAAUCUUUCUCUUGAACAGAAACUGUCUGAUCAGCUGGAUGUGUUCAGCUCUGAGAAGCAACACCUGCAACGCAAAUGUGAAAAAUUACAGAUAAGUUUGGAUCAGGCCUCAUUGUCUGGUCGUGAAUUGGAGCAAGAGCUGAUGAAGCAGAAUGAUGUCCUUCAACAAACAGUUUCCCAACUAAGACAAGAGAUAGACCAGAGAACACUGGGACCCUCAGUGCAGGCUGCAUCAGUAACAGUGAAUUUAGAUGAUGACCAGAAGAUGCAGAUACAGUAUUUAACCACUGUUCUUGAGACAAAAGAAGUCCAAAUUGAACAGCUUCAGAACAGGCUGCAACUAAUGACGUCAAAUCAAGAAUCAACGGCAUUAGGUAAAGAAAAUGAUGUGGCUUCAGAUUUGGGAAAUUCUGAAUUUCCUUUUGAAGGAAAAGAACUAGACAGAGUUGAACAUGUCAUUCCCGGCACUGUACCAAAAACAAUUUACAAACCUCGACCUUCAGAGAAAGCCUCUAGUGAUGAGUUAAGACAUAAUGGCUCACCACAGCAUGCAGAUGAUUCAUGUCUAACAGAUAACAUAUGGAUUGAUCAGUCUUUCAGUACUAUUGACGACAAUUUGAACAUCGAGCAUUCAGAGCUUAUAGAAGAACUACAUAAAAUACAGCAGAAAAACCAUGAACUCAAAAUGAUACAUGCGGAGGAAAAAGCUCUCCUUCAGGAAGAAUUGGAAAGGGAAAAACUCACAGUUCAGUUACUCCAAACAAAGACUGAGUAUGAAGCACAAAACCUGUUUUCCUCAGAAAUGGUUGAAUUACGAAAAGAGCUUGCAGUUCUAAGAGAGUUUAAUAAAGUAUUGUCUUUUGAGAACAAGUGUUUCUAUGAGAGAAUGAGAGAUCAAGAGCAUUUAGUUCUCUGUUUGAAAGAAGAACUUCACAGAGAGGAUGCUAGUUUUAAUGAUUGGCAGAACACAUUUGGUAGGCAGCUUCUGUUGUUGCAGAAGCAAAGGGAGCAGUUACUGCAACAGAUUGAAAACGGUCAUUCCAAACAAAAUCAGUUAUCAUCUCUUCUAGGAGAGAAAACUGUUCUGGAGGAAACUCUUAGAAGAGAAAAAGAAAUUCUGCUUGAAAAACUUGUUCAGUUUGAAGACUUGCAACAACAGCUGACUCAAAGAGGAAUUCACUUUGAGCAUUUCUUCGGGGAACAAAGACGCCUGGAGCAGCUGCUGCUGUUAAAGGAUGAGAACGAGAAACAGCUCAUGCGACAGAAACGUCUGCUGCAGGAAGAGCUGUUUGAAAUUGAAGCAAAGCUGAGAGAAAGGGAAGCACUUCUUCAAGAAGAAAAGAUGAGGCUUCUCAGAGAAGUCAAGGAAAAAAAUGUGACUAUAAAGAAACUGGAAUCGUUAAAUAUUGGAGAGUCUUCAGAGGACGGUAUGGAUUUGAGAGUCACCCAUGCCAGAUGCAGGCGAGCUUCAAUGGGAAGGUUGGAGAAGCACAGUCAGCUUCAGCUUGGCGGAUCAUGGCGUGCCGGUGAACAGUCUUACGAUGAGGCCAUUGAGACUUUGAGAAACAAGUUGAAGAUGGAGUACGAGGCCAAACAGGCGGGACUGGAGGAAUCACAUGCAAGCCAGAUGGCAUCGUUUUGGAAUGAGCAGAUGCAAAAGCUGGAGAGUCUGAAGAACCAGUAUGAAGGCCAAAUGGAUGCACUGCGACAGGAACUGGCAGCUCAGAAAGAGCAGAAGCAUCAGGACUAUCUACUCCUCCAGGACCACCACAAAGAGGCUGUUGAGAAGCUCCGAGAAGGUGUCGAUGAAGAGAUCAGAAACCAGCUGGAUGCCAUUCUCGAUCAGUUACAGAAAAUAUAUGCUGCCAAAAUUGAUAAGAUUGAGAAUGAACACAAGGAGGACAUCUAUCUUCAAGUGCAGGCAAUGAGAUUGUCUGCUGAGCAGGUUUACAAUGGACAACUCGAGCUGAUUCGUUCCGACAUUGACGAGAGACAUGCUGCCGACAUUGACAACCUCAAGAAACAACACAAGGACGAGAUCAACAGAAUUAAGGCAGAGCUCUCAACAAAAGAUUCAAAAGCAUUGUCAGAAUUUGAAAAGUUGGAUGUGAAAUUGUAUGAACGAUAUCAAGAAAUUAUCCAGAAAAUCAGUGCUGAAUUGGAAACAAAAGUUUUGAAAGGUCUCCAGGAAGAUAACUCUGAACCAAAUGAUGUGUGUGCCCUGCUGGAGAGACAGAAGGAAGACUUGGCCGAGUUGCGGAGUCGGUUCCUGUCUGAGCAUGUGGAGCACAUGAAACAGGUUGAGCAGUUACAGGAGGAAAUUGAGAGUCUACAGCAAAAAUACGAGGAGGAGGUCUCCACCUUUAACACUCGGCUUCAGCAGUAUACAGACCAAGAUGGUGAAAGAGAAAAAAUACAGGAGAACCAGCAGAAAGAACUAGAUGAUCUUCGUGCUUAUUACGAAAAGCAUGUCAGAGAAAUGGAAAAAUCCUUCGAGGAAGAGAUAUCUUCUUUACAAGCUAAAUAUGAGGAAAACAUGAGUACAAUGCACAUUCAGAUACCUGAAUCUAAAGACUCCAGUGAGAAUCUGGAUCUGUCAGACUCUUUAGAACUGUCCAAGGUUCGUGAGUAUGUUCAUAGGACUACCAAUCUGACUGUGAUAUCUGACAGUGACGAAUCCAUGUCAGAGGCAUCAAAACAACAUAACAUUGAUGCUUUGGAGACAAAGGUUUCUGGACUGGAAGACAUAAUUCGUGAGCGUGAAAAACAAAUCGGUGAUCUGGAAGUGUUGUUAGAACAGGAGCGAGACAGGACCUCCCAGCUGGUAGAGGAGGUGAAGUCCCUGAAGGACCAGCAGAACGAAUCUCAGCAGUUGGUGGACAGCCUGAGGCGAGAUCUCUCCGACAAGGAGAUGCUGAUUGCCCAGAUGCAGGAAGAAAAGUCUGACGGAGAGAAAGGUGCUGAGAAAGUGGUUCAGCUGGAACAGGACCUGUGUGAUUCCAUCCAGCGUGAGAAGGACCUACAGGUUCAGAUGGAGGAUCUUGUUCACAGUCACAAGGAAGCUCUGGACGAUCUGAGGCAGGAGCUCGAACACGAAGCCAAAAUAGAAACCGAAACUAUGCAAUCUGAAUUCAGAGUCCAGAUGGAAAUCGAACUCAAGAGACAAGCAGCUGAAUUAGGAAGAGACAUAUCGACCAGAGAAGCAAUUGCCGCGUCUGGACUCCAUGCUGUUGAUUCUGUUGAAGGGGAGGUAACUGAGAGUGUAUUGUUGAGAAAAAGUUCUGAUUCUACUGAUGGUACUGUAAGUAAUGAAUCGACUCAAACCAAUGGUGCUAAAGUAUGUAAGACGGAUGAUUCUGUUGUGUCGGAUAAGGAUCUAAACUUGCUGAAGCAGGAGUACACGGACAGAAUUGAUAAACUGACUCAAGAACUUGCAGCUCUGACUGCAGAAAAAGACGGAUUGUCGAAAAAACACCAAAGUGAUAUUGAAAAUAUGCAAUUGAAAUUAACACAAGCUCAGGAGAAAUACGACAAGCUUAUAGAAGACAUUGAGAAUGGAGAAUGUCCCGAAGUUGAAGACAUAAUACGAGACAAAAUAGACAUGGAACUGGAACUUGCCAAAAAUCUCAUGCAACAAGAGUUUGAUGAAACACUGGAGUCAGAGAGGAAGCGUUUCAUGGAGUGUCAUCGUAAAAUGAUGGACGACUUCAUGGCCGACCGAGCUAAAGAAGGUGAGGAACUGCAAGAGAAGCAUGACGCGGAGGUGAGACGCCAGCGUGAAGCCAUUCAGCAGUAUGAGGAACAAAUUAGACGGCUGGAGACAGAUCACAAUGAACAGAUUCAGAAGCUACAAGAAGCCACUGCGUCGACUCUUGGCGACCAGCAGAGCGUCUACAUCCAGACAGACAAUGGUGAUGCUGAUGAUGAAAGGCUAGAGAAAACUCAGGAACUACAAGAACGGCAUGAGAAAAUACUGCAGACUAUGAAAGAAGAAUUUGAGGAGAAAAUGCAAACUAUACAGAGAUCUCAUGAUGAUGCCCUGUUGGCAGCUGCCAUGGAUACGGAAAAGGUCAAGUCGGAACUGGAGGCUGCACACCAGCAAGAGUUACAGGACCUGGAACAACAGCUGCAGGAGAAGCAUGAGAAAGAAAUGAGGAACCUUGAACAUCGGCAUCAGCAAGUGUCCGAGGAGGUCAGGGAACAACAUCAGAUGGAACUAACACAAAUGCAGUCACUAAUGUCUACACAGCCUGAGCACAUGGAAGAGAUGAGAGAGUUAUCUGAAGUUGUGCUUCCAGUUCACACCACGUCACUGUUGCAGAAAGUGGAACUGAACUCGACUCUGGACAGUGAUGUGUCUGGGAGCGAGGCCCAGCUGAAGAGUACUCCUAGAGAGGGCGCCGAUGACGAGGAGGGUCGCCGGACUCCGUGUAGCUCACCCGACGACGACCUGAUGGUCACCCGGUCGUUCGCCGAUGUAGUCCGAGGUAGUCCGCAGCAGUCAUCCGUGGACGAGUCUGAUCAGAAAGACGAGAAAAUUAAACAGCUGGAGGCCACUGUGAAGGAUCUCACUGAGAGACUUGAGCAAUACGACCAGGAGGAGGAGGUUCUGAGUGGCCGGCGCCAGAGGGAGGCUGCGGAAGACUCUAACUUGGUUAACAUGCUCAAGUCGGAUUUCGAGAGAAUCAGUGCUGAGAGAAAUACCGUUCAGAAGGCCAACGACCAUCUCCUUCAAACCCUGUCGGACUCUGUAAAAGCGUGCGUGUCCGUGGAGGACAGGAUUAACAGGAAUCUCACCAAGAUCCUGACGCAGUCUGCAUCGCACGACUCAUCUGAUGAGCGACCUAGAGCAAGCUGGAGGACAAACUACGAGGCUGAGCAUGAGUUGAGUCGUGACAGGAGAAAUCUCGACGUGGCAGGCAGGGCGUCAUCGCCCAAUGAACAAGGUAAUUUGAGCCAGGAUAGUAGUAACCUGGCAGAGACCAGCAUUCUGUCUUUAGCAACCGAUGAAGGACUUGAUGUAUCACAGAGAUUUACAGAUUCCAUAUUCACUGGACCAGAUCUAGAACAAGAGGAAGAAGAGAUUGUCACAGAUUCUCGGCUGCGUUUGCAAGAGUCGGUGAACAAGCUUCUCGACAUGAUAGAGCAGUCGACCCAGCAGCUGCACGAGACGAAGCGGACUCAGCAGGAGCUUGUGGAGGCGCUGGCGGCCCGCAGUGAUGAGCUCGAGGCUCAGCAGCAGAGGAACGAGGAACUUGAGGACCGGCUCGGGUCGGAGGUCAACGCCAAAGAGUAUCUAGCUCUGGAGCUCAGUAAGGCUGAAGGUCUGUUAUCCGGCUUCUCGUCGGAACAAGAGAUGCUGCAGCAGAGAAUUGAGGACCUGGAAGAGAAGCGGCAGACGAUGGCCCAGGAGCUGGAGCUGACCCAGAACCGCCUGCGCAGCCUGCAGCAGUCGCAGGAUGAGGUGGAGCAGCUGAGAUUACGCUUGGAGCGCCAGCAGACCAUCCUACAGGAGAACGUGGGCGACGAGAACCAAGAAGUGGAUAGCUGUGAACAAAACGAGGCGGGUCCUGGUGAUGAUGAUGGUCACCCAGCUCUCCUGACGGAGGUGAACAGCCUGACCGCGGAGAAGCGGCAGCUGGAGGAGCACACACAGCACCAGCUCCACAGCUACCAGGCACGCGUCCAGGACCUGGAGUCCGUGUCCGAGGAGCAGGAGCGGCACCAUGAGGACCAGCUCGAGCUGUACCACCAAGAGGUGGAGGACCUCAAGAUGAAGCUGGACAAGGUCGAGAGGCAGCUCAAGGCCAACAAGCAGUUCAUAGAUGAACAGUCGGCUGAGCGAGAACAAGAGCGUGAAGACUUUCAGAGAGACAUUGACAAACUGCAGCAGCAGUUACGUGACAAGACGAAACAAUUCAACACCGAGGACAGGCUCCAGAUGGAGGUUCAGGAGCUUACGGACCAGCUUCAGAACCGUAUAGACACGCAGACUGAGAUCCUGCAGCGAGCCAAGCAGCUGCAGAAGGAGCUCCAGGACAAGGACCAGGCCGCCGCAGAACUCAACAAGUGGGUCGGGCAGCUGGAGCUGAGCCUGGAGGAGAAGGAGCUCACGGAAACACAGCUCAAACAGAAAAUUGAACGCCUUGAAACUCAGAUUGUCAGUCAGUCGGAGGCUGACUAUUCUUAUCGAUCUCUGUCUCCGUCAGCAGAGUCUGAUCAGUUUGGCAGUCCUAACAUCCUGUCUCCUGUGAGACGAACGCCGGCACAGAGGAUUAUGACACUGGAGGAUGAACUGAAAAAAUACAAGAAAACCGAAGAGGACCUGAUGCUUGAGAAGGAAGCGCUACAGAGGACUGUCCAGGAACAGCUGCUACAGAUCUCGGCACUGAGAAACCAGCUGGAUGACAUGCGACACUACGGCAGUGAUCCCAACAGCACUCACGGCAGUCACGCAGCCGAACUGCGGGAACAGCUUCAGUCAGCCAGAGAUGCCCUGGAGAAGAAGGAACAAGAGGUUUCAGUGAUGGAAGAGGAGUUAGAGCGGUGGAAGAAACAGUUCAGUGACAGGGACACUGAAAUAAAGAAACUAGUAGCCAAGCUGGAAAACGAUGCACAGUCGACAUUGCCUGUCACAGAAGACAUUGAAAAACUAAGAACUCUCGAACAGGAAAAUGAAACACUCAAGCACCAACUAGACAGCUUUCAUGACCACAGCGAUGGCAGCAUCAUCCUGUCUGAGUUUGCCGAGAGCCUCCUGAAGGAGAAAGACAGUGAAAUUGAUGACCUCAAUGAACAUAUUAAUCAGUUGCAGGUCGCUCUUCAGGCCAAGGAGACGAUUGGCGAUGAUGCAGAGGACAUUGAGAAUCUUAAGGCAGAGUUACAUGCUAAAGAAGAGUCGAUCGCUGAACUUCAGUCGACAAUUCAGAAUCUUACAAGUGAACAGUUUUCCGGUGAUGUGUCUCUCACAGAGAUUGACCGGAAACUGCUCAGUGUUUCUCUUACAGGAAAGACAACAUUACAACAGGAGUUGGAGGAAUCCGUUGCACAGUUGAAGAUGCUGGAAGACAAAGACACACAAACUGAAGAGGAAGAUAAGUCGGUAAAGUCGACAUCUCUUCAGGCUGAGAUAGAUGGUCUGAGAACCUCACUGUCUGAGGCGGAGGCCAGUAGGGAAGAACUAACACAGAAGUUACAGGCAGCUGAGGAAGAACGGAAUGAUAUCCAGUCUCAGCUGGCAGAGAAGGAAAGAGAAGCAACUCUCUUGCAGGAAGAUCUAGAUGCUAAACAUUCCACCGCCGAGCAAAUGACAGUUCAGAUUGAUAGUCUACAGGAAGAAAUAACAUCACUGACAAACUUCCAGAAUUCUCUAUGUGAUCAGAAUGAGCUGCAGAAAGACUUUGAUCUUAUUCAGUCGAUGCUGGAAAACAAACAGCGUGAGAUGGACGCUCUGUCGCAGGAACUGACUGACAACCUUCAGCCACCAGAGACUGAGCAGUUGGAAAAGGAACUGAGUGAGCUGAGAAAAUCUUUGGAAGAUAAGGCAAACAUUAUUGAAGAGAAGGAAGAGGAGCUCUAUGUUCUGAAUGAAAAACUUGAAUUACAGGACUCCCUUUCUUCUGAACUUGCCAGUGUGCGACAAACCCUGGAAGAAACGGAACAGAGUCUGAGGCAAGAAAGAGAGCUACGUGAGCAGGUUUCUAAACAGUUUGAAGAAUUACAGGAACAGAACAUCAACAAAACGGACACUGAAAAAGAGGACCAGAAGAUAAAACUGGCCGACACAGAAGACAAACUGAGAGAGAUACAGACAAGGCUCACGGAAACGGAGAGCCAACUCGAGGAGAUGAAGGAAUCGCUCUCGGAGAAGGAAGAAAUCAUCAAGGAGAAAGAAAUCAUGAUUCUGUUGCAGAAAGCAGACGAGGACCAUCAGGAGGAUCUCCAUCAGUUUGAGCAGAAGAGUAUCCGCGAGGAGCUGGAGACACAGAUAUCUCAGCUGGAGUCAAAGAUAUCUCAGCUGGAGCAGAAGCUGCAGGAGAAGGGUCAACUGUUGCAGAGUCUGGAGCAGAAGUAUCAGGAACAGAGUCUUCUCUUGCAGAGUCUGCAGUCAGAAAAAGACACAGACACCACGUUACUGACAUCGGUGGCAGAUUUACAACAGAAGCUCGAGGCCCAAGAAUUGUUGUGUGAUCAGUAUGUCUCAGAACGAACUGAAUUGGAUUCCAGAGUAAAACAGAAUGAGGAGUUUAUUGAUCAGCUGAAACAGGAGAAGGUUGAUGUUGAAGGAAAACUUGAAGCCAAGGAAAAGGAAUUCAGCCAGCUUGAAAGUGUACUGCGGGAAAGUAAAGACCAGCUGCAGCUUGAGACUCAGAGGUUGGAAGCGCAACUUGAGAUGAAAACAUCUCAGGAGUCUGCCAGUGAAAGUGAUUUGCUAGAAAGAGAGAGCAGGAUUGAGACUCUGAGUGCGGAACUGGCAGGUGUGUCUAGACAACUGAAGGAAGCACAAGAAAGACUUGACCAGACAUCAGCGAGGCUUGCAGAACGCGAGGCACAGAUUACACAGCUUCAGGCCGAGUUACUCGUUGCAAGUAACAGUGCUCAGGCUCCAUCUUCCGAUCUUACUUCUGACAUGGUAGAAGCUAAAGCUGUGGAGAAAGAGGAACAGAUAACAAACCUGAAGUCGUCCCUCACAACCACGGAACAGGAGUUGGUGAAGAAAUCUAAGCAGCUACGGCAACUGGAGACCGACUACAGAACGCUGACAGAAGAAGUCGCUGAAGUUAGACAGCACUCCGUGUCGGACCCGAGUCCCCGAGAACUGUCAGACUUCCACCCAGAUAUACGUCUGGCGAGGUCGGAGUCUGAGCCGACGCUGGACAUGUGGAGGAGGAGCAGCUCGGAGUUCAUGUCGCGGGUGAGCCAGAUCGAGGCGCUAACCAUCCAGCAGAAGAUGGAGCUGGCUGAGAAGAACCGGCAGCUGAGCGUCGUCCGAGAGCAGAUGGAGCGCUGGCUGGCGAAGGGACAGCAGGAUCAGGGCGACGUCAGAGCUCUCAUCAUGAAACUGUCCACAGAGUUGAAGAAUAUAUCAGAACCUACUACUGAGCCAGCAGGAGGGGAAAAGGAGAGAUAUAUUCGACAGUCCCAGCGAGAGGUUGAAACUGUCCGGCGCACUCUCCACCUCCAUCAGAACGAAAUCAGCGAACUGAGAACGAGUAACGAGAGUCUGCGACGGGAGUCAUCAGAGCGUGACGUGUCUGCGUCGAGGAGCGAGCAGCAGAUCCUGCACCUCAAGAGCAAACUGCGGAAAGCCAAGUCGACGCUGGCUGAGAUGCACAACCAGAGCGCGAACAACAACUACCCGCUGCCUGAUGGCACCUCGAGUGGAGACCACACCACCAUCGAUUCGUUUGUCGACGUCAACAGUCUCAAGCAGGAGCUCAUAGACUGCAGGAACGAGAUACAGAUACUGAGGGACACAGCGCCAAUGUCAACUCAAGAAUUAGUGAAGAAAAUCCAAGACCUUCGUAGCGAGCUGGCGGCGGAACACAAGGAGCAUAUACGCGACAUCCAGCACCAACACGCGGAGGCCGUGGAGGCGCAGCUGACCACACUGCAGCUGAAGCAUGACGCCGAGCUGCAGCAGCUACGGCAGCAGCAUGAGCUGAGGGUGGAGCAGGCGCUGGCCACGCUGAGACAGGAGGUGGAGAAGGAGCACAAGAGUGAGAUGAACCGCCUGCUCAUUGAACACCAGCACCAGGUCGACAUGCUCAGAAACGAUCUCGUCGUGCAUGAUGAUGCCUCUGUUGUUGAACGUUGUGACCGACUGCGCAACGAGGUUUCGUCCACGGAACAGUUUGACGGACGGCUUCAGAAUCGCCUGUCUGGAUCGGGUCUGGUUGUGGUUGGUCAUGAUUCUGACAUCAGUUUAACCGAGUCGAGCAGCACCGAGUUCCUAGCGGAGGAUAACAUCUCAACCAAGCUGCAGGCUAUAAUGACGAAGGUUCACAAGCAUGGUCUCAACAUCCUGUCGUUGUCGGAGAUGCAGUAUCUUCGGCGUCACAUGUCUUCUGAACAGAUCGGUGCCAACAUCGACGUACAGGCACUGACAGAAUCGUGGGAACGUGAGCGGCAGACAUUCGUAUCCACCAUUAACACACUCAAAGAACUGCUGUCCAAAGUCAAGAGCAGUGACCGGUCGGUUGAUGCGACUGAAGACUGGAGAAGUGAUCUGUUGACGACUCUCUGCAAUCUGUUUACCAAAGAACGUGAAAUGUUACUGGCCGAGCUUCACACCUACAUUGCAUCACAUCCCGAGGCUGACAAAAACACCAUUAUCGGCAAACUGGAGCGGCGCAUUCAAGAUCAGGAGUCAUUGCACAGGUCGGCCAUUGAUCAGGUUUUCCACGCUGAUCGCCAGUCUCUGCUGUCGGAAAUCGAAGAGCUCCGAUCUGCGCUAAGUAAGACUAGAAUAGAGAAACACGACCAGCAACAGAAACUGAGUGAGCAGUACUCUUCACGGGAAGAAGACAGUUUGAAAAAGGAGAGACAACUCCAGAGACAAAUCCAAGUACUGGAGUUCAAAAUUCAGCAGGAAAAGGUGAUUGAAGAUGACCUUCGAAACAGUCUUGAAAUGGAGAACCGCAGAGUAAUGGAACUUACUAACCAGUUGUCUAAGGACAAGAGUCAGCUCCUGGAUACCCAGUCAGAAAUAUCCUCUCUUCAGAUCCAGCUUUCCAAGGCUCAUGACGCCCUUGAGAGGGAACAGAGCAGAUUUACAUCCGUCACGGAUGCAUUGGAAGAUUCUCGUGAGAAGAACGAACAUCUGCUUGAACUUGUUGAUGCGGAGAAACGUAAAGUCAUCCUCCUGGAGUCUCAAGUUGCUGACCUGAAGUCUCACAACAAAGACUACCUGGAUAAAGAAAGCAGAUUUGUUGAGCAACUCCGUAAUGAGCUGACAAAAGAACAGGAGCGUCGCAUCGACUCGGUUCGACAUGCCGAGCUUGAGAAGUCUGCGAAGACGUCAGCUCAACAGGAGCUGGAGAUGGAGAGACGGCGAGUGCGGUCCAUUCAGAACGACUACGAUGUGCUGCUGGCCCAGCUGAAGUCUUCGCUCGAAUCAGAGAGACUGAAAUGUGAUGAACUCAGUGGAAACUUGGAACGAGAGCGGCAGCAGACUUCUCAGCUGCAGUCCCUGCUGGAUGUGGAGAGAUCGGCCCGUCAGCAGAUGAGUCACCAGGAUCAGACGUCGCUGGACAGCUACCUGUCUGAGCUGCAGGAGCAGAAGACACUGGUUGAGGACCUGCGGCGUGCUCUGGCGCGGGAGAAGCAGAACUCGACCAGUCUGAGCGACAUGCUGGACUUGGAGCGAGCCAGCGCCCAGCACGACAUAGAGGAGGAGAGGAACGUCGCCCGCAGGAUCAAGAGAGACCUGGAUACGUUACAGAUGGAGAAGCUUGAAAUCAAGAGACACCUUGACCUUGAACGAGAGAGGUCGCGAGCGGUUCAGUUGCAAGUUGAAGACCUGCAGGCUGAUCUCAAGGCGAUGAAGCAGCAUGAGAACGAGAUCAAGAAACAGACCACCUCCGAACUAAAGCAUGAGAAACGCAAACAGCGCGAAUUGGAACGGGAAAAAGACGAGAUCAACAUCCAGCUGCGUGAGCAGGAGCUGGAGUCUCAGCGUCUGAAGGAACAGCUGAGAGAUGUGGAGAUGGAGGUCGACCGAUCACGUGACCGGGAGCAGCAGUCGCGCAUCGAGUGGGAACGGAUGAGACAUGAAUUUGAAAGAAACCGUCUCCCGAAGUCACCCGGAACUCCAGUAGCAACUGAAGCGCUGCCGUCUAGCUCUGUUGAUUCCGUGAGAUCUCCGUCAGUCAGCAUGGAGAUGCUGAAGAGUUUGCAGCAGCGACUGGAGUACAUCGCCAUCCGAAUACAGGAUGAGGUGCAGGCGUCUCCACAGCUGCAGCAGGACCUGACAAGCAUCCUGUCGCAGAUCACCAACCUGCAUCACAGUCACACAGACCAGGUUGAUGGAUCUUCAGUGGGAGACUCGAUGGUGGAACACACCCUGCAGCACAAUGAUCACCUGACAACGUUCCUGUCCCAGGUGUGUAAGGAGAAGGAGGAGCUGCGCGUCCACCUCAACCAGCUGGAGGACGAACUCGUACACUACCGCAGGAACGAGAGACAUCAACAGAUUAACCAGGAGAACGGUGGUCUGGCCGAGGACCGGUACAUGCACGAGCGUGUGAUGUGGGCCAACGAGCGACUGUCUCUCCAGAUGAACCUUGACACGGCCGAGCGCGAGACAGAGCGCCUCCAGGGAGAACUGCGCAUGUUACGUAAUGAGCAGAACGCAGUUCACAUUGUCGACACUGAUCGGGAAAAGAUGCAGCGUCUGUACGGCCGGCUGUUGAGGUCUGAGAGUUUCCGCAAGGCUCUCGUCUACCAGAAGCGCUACCUGUUGUUACUGCUGGGCGGCUACCAGGACUGUGAGCAGGAGACGCUCAUGUUGAUCGCUCAGAUCGGCGGCUAUCCCUCUGACGUGGACAUCCAGCGGCGCCGGCGCCAUCCACGCAUGUACAUGAUCUUCAGAAGCGCGGCCCGCGUCGUGGUCGCAAUCUGGAGGAUGAAGUACAUGGUGAGAAAAUGGCGGCGUGCAACCCGAGUUGGCUCUCCGGUAGUGGCAGGAAGAAUAAACCAGCAGUUUGGCUAUGUUGGUACGAACAACUCCUUUUCGCCACCUCGACCGUCCUCGUCUCUGCCUCUGGCCUCGACUCAUGCCACUGCUGUUGAAGCUCAUUUUGCAAACCGUGCCAAUGUGUCGCCUUCCAGAGUGUCACAGCCGACAGCGUCGUUACAGAAUGGUGACAUGCAGCGGCCUGCAUUGACAACGGCUCAAGUGUGUAGCAGACGGCGGCUCUUCUCAACACCUCCAACGAAAGAUCCUUCCUUAAGAUCAGGCAGUUCGGUGCCAGCUUCCUCUAGUGCUAGAAGACAACUUCUUCGAGACCUCGAACAUCCAUCUUCCAAUGACCAAGACCUUCCCCAGCCCCAGGAAGAGUCUGCUAACGAUGAGUUUAUUCAGAGGUUGGAAAACCUCGAGACGAGGUUAGGCAGGUUUGUGCCAAGUGCCAGAUCAGGACAGAAACUCAGUAGAGACUCUUCGUGGAGGUAGUACAGACAAAACGUUACUUCUGUGGACUGCCAUUUGUACCAGCUGACUCUUAAUCUACAUGGCAUAACAUGGAAUGGAUUGAAUACUGGAAUGAACUUGAUACCUGAUCUAUUUGGCAGAAGGAUUUAAGUGAUACAUGAAUUAAAUGUGGAGAAUUUAACUUAUUCUUAUUCUUGAUGAACAUGGCAAAAAUGUGACAUCUUUGAUCAGUGUGGCAGUGGAUUUAACCUGAUAUUUGAGGUAGCUUGCAGACGUUUUUCAGCUAAUUACCAUUUUAUUUUGCUUUCAAGCUUUAUUUAAUAGUUCUGCCUCAAGAAGGAUUAUGUCCUGUCCUGAAUGUAGCCAUCAGUAGAAUCAUCCAAAAGAAGACUGUUUUUUCCAGACUGUUUUUUCUCAAGGAUCAGACGUUAGUCACUUGCAUCCAUAGAACCAGUCUAAACUGGCACAACAUUCGGCCUUGUCAACAUGUACAUUCAGUAUUGAAUGUGGCCAUCAAUGAAAUCGUCCAGCUUUUGUAGCAAGUUCUCCUUGGACUAUGUACACAAUGGCACUGUUUUGGUAUCCACUAAUGGAUCAACAUUUUGGUCAUGGGCAUCAAUAGAAUCAUCCAUAUUAUCUAGACUUCAAAGCAUCUAUAAUGUAGACUGUGUACCUAAUAAGAGGGUUUUGGUAUCGAUGAUACACUGUUGCCUAUGGCAACCACAGAGGUAACUCACCAUACAAGUUCAGAGGUUCAAGCCAGCUGUGAUUGUUGUACAGUUAAUUUAUUUUUUCAAAGAAUCAUUAAACAAUGCAAAGGAGGUGCAAGCAGAACUACAUUCAAAUUCAGUCAUUCACAAAAUGAAAAUAGAAAAUGUAUUAUGUGUCUAGUGUUUUGCUUGUUAGUGAAAUAAAUAUAUGAAGCAAAUCAAAGCGAUUUUACUCUAUAUGCAAUAAUAUUGUCCCUAAUGUUACCAAGCAUUUUUUGAGUAUUCAUCUGUUAAAGAUAUUAUUGUGUAAUAAAUUUAUAUGUGUGAUAAAGAUGUAGUACUAUUUGACUUGUGUUAAGGUCCAAUUGAUCUCUUUGAACUAAUGGUGUAAACGUCAAUUGCACAUAAUUUCAGGGUUGAAUUAUAGGUUUACCUUCUAGCUAAUAAGUUAAUUGACCAACAUAAUUACAAGGCUUAAUUAAUGUCUAUCUUCUCGCUAAUCGUUAAAAAUAAGAAAAAGAGCCGUGUUCAGUGUCCAACUUCUGACUUGCACAUCUCCAAGAAAUCAAUGAAUAUAACCUUUAUAACUUAAAAAUUGGUUCUUUGAUUUAUAGUUAUAAAACGAGCAGAAUAAAGUAGUAUUAGAUGGGUGAAUAUGUAGGUUCCUUCUACAGUGGGUUACGUAUUUGUUUGGGUACCCUGGGUUUAUUAGUGCCCUUUGCAUUAGCUGUAUACUUACUUUUGUUGUACACAAAAAAUAAUGUAUAUGACAUAAAUUGUUACCUACAAAUAAUUUUGUUUCUUUCAAUUCUCAUUGGGGUAUUUAUUGUGAUCUCUUUGUGUUGUAAUAAAGUAUUAAUUACUGUGCAUCCAUAUAACUGAAUACAUUGAAUAAAUUGACGAUUAAUGACCCAUAGUAUAAAAUACUCUAUUUACAGGGUAUAUACUGAUUAUUUCCUGCAUGGUGUCUUUGUGUAGUGAGUGGUAAAAUGGAAAACAACCAACUAAAUGGACCUUUUUGACUGUUCUGAAAAUAUAUAUUUUUUGUUUCAUCAAAUGCCGUUGGUUAUUUUUUUGGCACUCGCUCUAUUGGUAAAGCAGAAUGGAUUAGUUUUUGUCUUGUAUUUAAAUUAUGUUCUAGCAUAGGAUUGUUAGAGGAGCCACUAGCCUGAAUAUGUUUUAGAGUUAUGCACCAUUUUAUCUUUAAUAGUUUCAUUUUUAAUCAAUACCUUUUCAAGAAGAAGGUUAAUUUAUUUCUGUUUUGGUAUUGGGGGCGUUUUAUGAUCAAUUGUAUCGAGGGAUAACUCAGAGCUUCCUUUGUUUCAAUAGAUUUGUAGUUAUUCCCCUUGACAUGAUGGAUAUGCUGUAAAUUUGUGUUAUUUUAUUUUGCAGAUAUAUGCUAGCUCUUAUUAUUCACAGGCUCAUAUCAUUCAAUGGAUAGGCUCGGGAUCAUAAUCCACAGAAUUUGCUUGAGGAAUAUUUUCUUUAUAAUGAACUCUAUAUCAUGCUAUUUUGCUAUUUUGCAAUCUAUGUUCAAUAUAUUUGUUGUUAUACCGGUAAUCUUUAGUUUUAAAAACAAAUCUUAUUAUAAAGUACAUGUACAUCCGUGGAUAUUUGUCAUUGGUUACGAUAUAUGCUUAUUACAUAAUAUAUGAAAAUUAUUUAUUGAAUACUUUUUUAUGAGUAAAAAAUGUAAUUGAAUAUAUCAAGUAAUUUAACAAGUUUCUGUAUUUCAUCCAUAGUUGUUUAUGAUUCUUCACCAUUUUGCCUAGAAUGAUUCACAUCUUUCUUUUGUUUUUUCUUGGCUUUCAAAUAAUCCAUCUUACCUCACUGUGAUACAUAUACAUCAUGUAAACUAAUGUAACCCUUCUGGACCAAUAUAUAUUUUGCUAUUAUGUCAGGUAAUAUUUAUUCAAAUAGUUAAAUGAACUGAAUAAAAUAUUAUUUUGAUCUAAA